CUUGGCAGAGCGCGUGUGGGGCGCUCUGGCUCCGCUCUAUGGUUGUGGAAGACUCGGGUUUGCCGCUCCAGAGAACUCCUUGGAAAGGUAAUCUUUGUGAUUGCUCCUAAGCUUUAUAGAUCAUCACUCCUCCUUAUUCCUAAAAAUGUAUAUGAUCGUUGAAAACCAUUCAAAAUCCGUUCUUCAUUUGAAGAGGUCGCCCAGUAUCAGAUCUUGGUCUCUCCUUGUAGGGAUCUCAUCUGUAGGCCUGGCUGCUGCUUAUUAUAGUGAAGAUACUUUGGGGUGGAAACUCUUCUAUCUUGCUGGCUGUUGCUUUGUAGCUGUGCAAAAUCUGGAAGAGUGGGAGGAAGCUAUAUUUGACAAGGGUGCUGGAAAGAUUUUCCUGAAGACUUUCAACCUUUACAAAAAGCUGUUGACCCUGUCAAAGGCUGGUCAUGAACAAGUGGUGGUUCCACUGGAUGAAAUUCGGGCUGUGAAUGUGGAAGAAGAGAAAGUACGUUACUUUGGCAAAGGCUACCUAGUUGUGUUGCGAUUUGGGACUGGAUUUUCGCAUCCUCUGACGCAGAAUGCAGUGAUGGGCUGCAGAAGUGAUGUAGAUGCUGUGGCCAAGCUUAUUACUAACUUUCUUGAACCGAACAAGAUGCCAGCCUACCAAAAUCUUGAAGACAGCAGUGAAAGCGAUGUUACUGAUGAAGAGGAGCCCAAGGAGAAAUAGCAACAAACCAUGAGGCACAAUAAGAAGGAACUCUUUGAAUGGUACAGAACUGAACAUCUUAAGUUCCAGAUGUUCCAGAUUGAGAUUAAGUUCCAGAUUGAGUCUUAACUUACAUAUUUAUCCACUUUUCUCCAUCUGAAAUAAUAUCAGUUGGGAAAGAAAGACUAGGAAAAAAACUACUGUUUAUGUCUUCCAGCCUUCCCACUCUGUGGAUCUUUAAUAGGAAUUUAUUGAGAGGAACCAAAGCAAUCAGUGCUGUUCUUGGCCCAGUUCAAAUGACCAUUUAAACUCAAGAUAAAAAUUCCAAGGGCUGUAUGCAAUGUUUAUACCCCUUCACCUGCUGUUGAUUAUUCCCUGCUGUCUGAUUUCACUUCCCCUUCCUACACACCCAUCCACCACUAUCUACAGAUGUUCAUGUGAAGAUGCACUAGGAGCCGAGGAACCAUUCCCAUGAGUCUGAAAAACUUUCCAGAAGAUGUCCUGGCACUUGUUGAAAAUAGGGGCUCAUAAUCCUCUCACUGCUGCUUCAAAUGGCAAGAAAAAUAGAAAGUGAAGACAAGGAAAGUAAUCACUUAAUUAGGAUGACAUAAAGUCAAAUGGGACAAAACAGUGCAAAUAGAGCAAAAAUUACAUUGGAACUUGGAUGUGUACAUACUUCCCAUCCCAUUGAACGCAAUCAUGUGGGUCAGAAAGGUUAACGCAUCUCCAAGCUAAACUAUGGCGAGGUUUGAGUUCACAGGCACAUACUUAUACAUACACCAUCAUAAACAGGAGGAGGAAUAGGAGAUUAUCUCAUUUCACGAUAGUUUCGCAGUACAUUCACGUUAAAAAUGUUAUUUUUCUUUUAAAAAAUCAAUGGUAUUCAAAACAAACAAGGACUUGAAAUCUGAUCUAACUUAUUUCAUUUAGGACAUACUUCUGUGUUUCAAGUCUUUAUACUUGUUGGCAUUUUUUUCUUGAGCCUAAAGCAGUCCAUUUCUCUCCAAAAGCAUGGCAAAAUUGCCCUACAUACCCUGAAAAUUCAGAGUAUAAUUUUUAAAAUACAUGGAAAAAAUUGGCCUCUGCAUUCACAGAAAUGGGCACAAGGCUUCAAAGAUGGAUUUGGGGGACUGCACUUUACCCCUUCCUGGUUUAGGAGAUUGUCUUAAAUGCAUAAUUGUGUUGCCUCACUUACUGAUGUGUUUUUACAAGUCUUGUCAUCGGACUAGAAUUAUCUAUAUUGUGGCAUUUUGGUUUCUGUUACCACUGCAUAAUUAUAGUUAUUUAAUGUUAACUUUUUGGUCCUUUGUUCCAAAGGAAAUUCCAGUGUUAUCUUGAUGUUUUAAUUAUGUAUUUUUAAAAAGCCGAUAAUGUGGGAAUUCUUUUAUUUAGCCCCUGCAGUCAUCUCAUCUUAAUCUAGAUAUUAACUCAAAUCCAAUGUUAAUCUAGAAAUGGUCUUAAAAUCUAUCUUGUUUUCAGAACUGAAACAGUCUGUCUCUCUCGCCCACACACAUUCAUCUCUUACUUAGAUGAUCCAUUCCUUUUCUUUCGCACGGAUUGCAACAUAUUCACUAUUUGUCUCAAUUCAUAUAUAUUUCAAACACGAGUUGACCAGUGUACUAUUGUACAACCAUGUUUGUUUCUCACAUUGUAUGCCAUAUGAAAUGAACCAGCUCUUGUAUUGUGAGGUGUAUGAAAUGUGUGUGGUCCGAUUCACACACAUUCACACAUCUCACAAUACAAGAGCUUUAAGUGUCCCUAGUUUUCACUUUUGCUGUCCUGUCCAUGGAAGAUAUUUUCUUUGAUUAAGUCUAGCUAACUUUAAAUUCUCGUCAGGAGGAAAAAUACCUCAGAGCCCUCCUAUUGUUUGUGGUUUUAUGGUUUUGAAUAUACAUUGUGUUUUAUAAAGGGGCAUUUUUAUCUGUUUAAGCACCAUCUGUUGCUCAGUAUUAAAUUCUUGUACUGGAA